UAUUAAUGGUCUUUUGAUUUAUGUCUUUGUAGUAACAUGCGCACAAUGAUUUUAAAUGCUGCUUGUUCCUUCGGUCAUGAAAAGUCGAUUGUAAAGGCAAAGAAAUUAUUCACAGAAUAUCUAAACAGGUAUAUAAAAUAAAUACGGAAUAUUUGGAAUAAUAGAUCCACAUUCUAAAAUGAAUAAAACACCCAGCUUUAAAGCCUGAUUCCACGAGCAAUCGGCGGAAAUACAUGCUCUAAAUGACAUGCGAAGAGUGACCGUAAAAUAUUUCACGUUCAUUUUGGUCCUCCACCUCAUUUCCCCCUUACUCAUGCAUUAUCCAUUAUUGAAGUGUUUUCUAUAUAAAAAAAGUAAAUACAUAGUAAAAUUUACAAUUUUACGAUCUAUUUCACGGCGAGUUAAAGUCUGAACAGGCUGACACAAUCAUCACGGAUACAUGCAUGACGCAUCGUAUACCGCGGAGUGUAUAUAUAGUCCGUCAAAUUCCAACAGCUGAGCUCAAGACAAACGUUUUAAGAUGAUGAGACACAUAAAACUGCACUGUGUGUGUACCUAUAUUCCCGCAUAGAUCGAGUUAUGCCAUUCAUGAAGUUUUUUGAAGGGUGCGGAAAUUAUUCAAACCGAGAUCUUCAUAAAAAUAAACCUCACAGUGGUGCGCUAUAAAAGAUGACCCUGGGGACGAGGUUGCAUAAGCGUUUACAUCUGACUGGUUUACUUUGGUGCUCACCAUGCAUAUAAUAACAUAUUGAUAUAUAAUAGUACAAUAAUUUUGAAUUACGAAUCCCCAAUAGUUGAUUCGUCCUUACUUACCCUAACACCAAGUGACCAAACUGACUCUACACUGAAUUAACUAGUUACAGUGGUGGAUCGAGCGCCGAAGGCGCGAGAUUUCUAGGGUGGUCCGGGGGCGUACUCCCCCGGAAAAUUUUUAAAAUUUGGGUCUCUGAAAUGGCAUUUCCAGCAUUCUGAGAAAACAUUCUGGAAAAUUUUUAGGUUCUCAAAACAUUUAAAAAUUCAGAAUAUUUAAUAUUGGCUAUUCCGCUAUUGUCAACUAGUGAUACGCAACUGAAUUGGUUAACAUAAGUUGGUUAGAAUUAGGAUAAACGUCAUUUUUGCACCCCCCAUGCACCCCUGUUGACCAGAGCCUGGGGGGGGGGGUGCGCAGUCCCCCCCCCUAAAUCUACCACUGACUAGUUACGACUCAACAUUUAUAAUUAUCGGCUUGGAAAACAUGCUGUCGACUCGGACAAACGACAUUUAAAUUUGUCAACUCGUCAACCAAAUUGUUGACUCAACCAUCAUACUCAGGGUCGUUCUUGGUGGGGGCGCUGGGAGGGGGGAGGGACAGGGGUGGAUGUGGUGCGUGACCGUUGAUCAAAUUUAGAGCAUUUUCUCACCCUCGUGCGGGCUCGUAUUAUCAGCUGACAUCUUACACAAAAUUGCCAGCUUUGUAUAAAAUACAAACCUUUCAAUUUUUCACCGCAAGUCCGCUGGAAAUACUGGGAGAAAAUUUGCUGAAUAUGACCAGCGUUGUGUGGAUCUAAAAGUUAUAUGUGCAGGGAUUUUUCCUAUUGUUGGAACGGGUGUAGGGGGGUGGGGGAGGGGAAAGGGGGGCUCUGUGGGGCGCAGCCCUCUUUGUUAAUAUUUUCUAUCGGUUUAAGGGCGAGUUUAAGGGGGUGGGGGACUGAGCUAACCUAAAAGUUUUAUCCAAUUUAAUAAGAUUUGGCAUUAUUGUUAGGCUAAACUACAAUUAUUCCAUGCAAUUUAUUUCUGUUAAAGGGCCCAGGGCCCCUUCAGUUUCGCGGCCCCCAACUAUGGGAUAUAUAAUUAUUAAUAGAAAAGUAUUUAUUCAUAUAUGUGGCCUGCACUCAUACGAAUAUCAUUCAUUGUAGUGGAAGCGAACUUGAUGUUGACUUAAGAAAAGUGAUCUACUAUCAUGGAAUAGCAAACACUGGAAUCAAGGAAUGGCAGAAGUUGUUUGAGAUACAUCAAUAUUCAACCGUUGCUUCAGAGCGGCGUCAACUUUUGCAUGGACUGUCAGCAUCAAAGGAACCUACAAUCUUACUAAAGUAUGUUCAAGACACUAUUACCUGUUUUUUUAAAAUAAAUUAGUCACUGCAUGUGUGUUAUAUGUUCUGAUUGCAUAUUCAUCAACAUUACGUAUAUAUAUAGACAGUUUGUUGCUCUGUUUUCUAACCAAAGCCGUUUCGACGUUAUACGAUUUUUAUCACAACACGAUUUAUCAAUUCAACGCAUGAGUCACGUGAUUACUGGUCGACACAAUAUUACUGGUCGACACAAAUUUCGAUACCAUAGACGCCCCCUGGGAGAUGGCCCGAACAUCAUACCGCUGCAUGUGCAUAUUAGGCAUACAGCUCAGUUACGACCACUACAUAUAUAAAUGCCCGUGUUUUCUGCAAAGAACUGGCAAAUAAGGGACCGGUCAUUAUUUAUGGCGGGGGGUGGCACCGAAGAGAAAAGGGUUGGGUAAAUAUAAUUUUGAGUGAGUAAAAGGUUGGGUAAAUGAAAAAGAAAACAACUCAAGGGUUGGGUAACAAAAAAAUAUUGUCAUUUCCAAAGCAUGACUCACUGAAAUAUUGGAGACCAAAAAGCACUGUCAACAGUCAGAUGUCAAUAUAAUAUGUGAACCAAUCAUAGUCACUAUCUUGAUAAUUUUCCGAUAUAUGUUGAGAGACAGAUGGUGUCUCCAAAGAAAGUACAUGUGCAGACAACAUGAAACUUUAGACUGCAGAAAUUUGCACAAGCAGUUAUCAAACUCAUGUCACAGAAGUGGUAAAGGACAUGUGUGACAACUGAAUGGUAUCCGUUUGUAAGUACCAUUAAUACCGUAAGUUUUUGGCCAGGGUGAGUAUUUAUUUUUUAAUCGAUAUUUUAGGUUGGGUAAUCAAUUUUUUUGCUUUUUAAUGGUUGGGUCAGCACAAUAUUUGCCGCAAAAAACAUUUCUCUUUGGUGCCACCCUCCACCAUAAAUAAUGACCGGUCCCUAAGAUCCAAGUCGCAUCAAAGCAAAAACCGUUAUACUUUACAAUUAGCUAGAGGUUUAACAGACCACGAAUAGUGAACAACUGAACUACAGAACUCUAACUUAACACCAAAUGGCAAAAUUUUAAUUUUAACCAGAGCGGAUCUCGUAUUGUGCAUAGUGACGUCACAAAUACACGAAGAAUAGGCACCUAAAAAACCGUUCUUUUAUAUCUAUACAGGUUGUUAAACUUUUCCAUUGACGAAAGCAAGAUUCGUUCCCAGAACACAGUUACAGUUAUAAAUUCUGUUGCUCAAAAUCCCAUUGGACAAAGUCUUGCUUGGAAGUUUCUCACGCAAAAUUGGAAGGUGUUUUACGAAAGGUGCAUACUAAUUCAAAAUAUUAUGUUUAAUUUUAAAUAUCUCGUAAUUGGCGUAAAUGUUUUAUCAUGCACCCUGGAGUGUGCGCAUCGUUUGUGUGUUUUUCGAAACACUUUCUUGUCUAGCCCAUUUAUCAUUAUAGUUAGUUUAGACCUAUCUCGUACUGAAGAAAUCAGUUUGCCAUUUUGGUCACGUGGUGAUCUUUCAGAAUCAACGUUAACGAUUACAGUGGGUGGAUAUUAACAAAUUUUUAUCCAUAUCGUAACAGGACUGAAGUACUAUAGCACUAGUUAUAUUAUUAGCACUGAUGAAGAUCCGGGCUUACGGAUCGAAAGCUUUGCAGUAAUAUUAAAAUUUACGUGGUGUUUCCAAAAACAAAAGUAUUAUAUGUUCUAUAUCGCCUGCAUGUAAACCUACAAAGAACUUAGGACUGAAGUGUUGAUGGUAAAUUUGGUAAUAUGAUGUAUCGUUCAGAUAUACUUCAAAUUCAACAGGAUCAGUUGAGUUUUUAGUCCUCGCAGUUGAUUUCAAUCUUCAGGGUUACAGCUCGGAGCAGAAUGCAGUUCUCUGAACUACACUUUUCUAGACUGGAUUUAUUAUUUCUGCCCAACCAUGCAUGUGCACCAUGUGGGAUAUGGUCUUGUUGAAGAUCUCUUUCUUGCUGUCAGAUAAUCUCAAUCAAAUUUCAAGCUAGUUAAUUGCAAAGACUAAACCCGCAAAGAAUACUGUUGAAUUUAAAGUAAUUUGAACUAUACUGUACACAUGGUGUCUUCCAUGAAGUAUUAUUUUAAUAUUGACCGUAAUGUACUCAAUGGAUGUCGAGAGCUCGAAAAAAUGUUCGACCAAAUUUAAAAGUUUCCGAUCAAAUUUCAUUGUGGUCGGACAUUUUUUCCGGUAUUUCCCGAAUAUGCCAGGUGCCUGUGUGCAGAGGUGCCUGUAUUAGAGGAGUUUCUGUAUUAGAGAGGUGCCAUAAUUUAUCCGAAAAAAUAAUGGCGCGGCUAACAUAAUUGCUAUUAUUCGUAUAAAAUCAAAUUCAGAAUACUCCAAAAUCACAUUAAAAAUGUGUUCUCAUAUAGGUACAGCAAAACAAGUUUCCAAUUAGCAAGGCUGAUCUCGUCGACAACGUCAAUGAUGAACACCAAAAAUGAAUUACAAAAGGUUAGUACUGUACUAAGGCUUGGACUUUUCGUGGAAAACCAAAUAUAGUUUGAAAUCGUGUGAAUGAAGCACAAAUUUCGAUUUUCCACCACGACGCACUCCAUAAAUUCAAAAACAGUCUCAGUCACCGGUAGUGAUAAAGAUUUUUAUUUAGACGACGUUCACACUGUCGCAGGAGCGAAAUAAAUCACGCCACGUUAAAUUUAGGUCUGUUCACACUAAGAUGUAAGUCGUUAGAGUUUCGAUACGGUUUCGCAAAACGGGCUCAAAUAGUGAGAAAAAUACCCGAAUCAAAAUAUUUUUAAAAUAUACUACUAAAGUAGAGCAAAAUAAAUUUCAUCUCGUUCUGUUUGGAAACCGUUCCUAACGUACUGUACAGCAAAAGUGACGCUUUCAAAUAAUUUCGCUUCCGCGUAGUGUAAACGCGACGGCUAUGACUUUUCUGCGCCUGUUUAUUACCUUAGUUCUUUGAAUUACUCCAAUUAUCGAUCGUCUAGAAGGACCACUGAAAUAUAAAUUCAAAAGUAAAGUCUAUUUACGUAUAUGCCUUGGGCCCCAGCUCAAUGCGACUUACCACCGUACGCGCGUGCAAUUCCCUCUGAAACUAUCUUAAAUUAACUCGUGGUUUGUAUAAAUGAUCUUCAUUUAAUAGGUGAAAGAUUUCUUUCACGGCAGAGACAAGGGUUCAGGUACAAAGGCGGUAGAUAUAUCAAUUGAACGCAUUGUGGCAAAUAUAAAUUGGAUGGAAAGAAGUCCGCAACAGAUAAAACGAUAUUUAGAUGGCUACGAAUACAAAACAUAAUAUUAUAACAUCCAUAUAGUCAUAGAAUUCUUAUCAUGAAUCUUUUAUCCUAGCGACAGAAGUAGGUUAUGAGCAGUUGAACACAAACUUAUGGCAAGAUGCAGGACGUUUUAGAAGCAUAUACAAGCAGAGGCUGCGGAAGCACCUCGAAAGUAGGAGGGCACUUGAGUCAGCAAACAUUCUAAAUAUGUUAGAUGUGUUCUUAGAAGGUCUAUCUCUGUUUGGAUAUAUGCAUUAUACAACCUCGGAUGUUAUACAUAUUCUCUAACAGCUCUGCGUCCUAAACUGAACAUGAACACAUUAAUCACAAAUUUACCAAAAAAUCUAUAACAAAUUGUCUUUAGCAAUCAGGUUUGUCUUAAUUGAGGGUCUUAUGGGGGUCUUUGGGUGUCAGUUGUCAGCUAAAAUUUAAGCCAGUUGUCAG